AUGGCCAGUGUAGCGCAUACGUACGGCCCAACAUGCCUGCUCUACGAACCACCAGAGCAUGAGCAAGCUGGCCCAGACCUAAACACAGCAGUUCCGCCUCCGCCAAAAGUCCGGGCACAAUACUUUUAUAUAUCAUCUUUACCCAUUGAUGAUCCAUUAACCGCAAUCCCCCCUCCGUCGGGCAGCCUAGAUAUUUCGAAGUUACCUUCUAGGCCCUUUUCAGCGCGUGAUAACAUUGCUUUGGAACAGGCAUGGCAAGCGCUACGCAACAGUGCUGGCGGGGAACCGGGCUCGGGCGAAUAUUUAAGAGAAGCCUCGGGUCGAUUACCUUUAAGGUAUAUACUACCUCGCGGAAAAGAAAAUGAUGUUUCCGGGCGUCAAAGCCUAGGAGCAUUCCCCGAGAACCGGUCUGGACCGCAUUCGAAACCUUUGACACGACUGCCCCUUGAUGGGGAAUUUUAUAGGAAUAAUCAGGGUGGCUUUAUAACUUCUGCUAACGGGCCAAGCCUCAGCAGUGAUAACCUUCUCUCUUGUGAGCGGACUACGCAAGAUUUUGCUUCCCUGUCAACACCUCCGCAAAUGAAUAGAAAUUCUUUUCCAGACGGAGAAGAGGAUGCCUCUGAGGACAGUGGUCGCUCCACCCCCCUCCUGAUGCGGAAUUUAGACGACACAAAUAUUAGCGGCUCUCCCUUCAUUCGAGCCCCGAUCAGAGAUCGUGAAGAUCGUCGGCCAAAACCAUUAAAGAUAAGUAAGGAUACAAUGGCCAUGGACCAAUCCGGUGGCUUCUCUACUUCUCCUACCAAUAUAGAGAAUGAAUUAUCCGAAAAUGAUACCACUGAUGAUGGUGAUGGUGAUGCGCCGGAUGCUACAGUGACCGUUGGAGCAUCUCGGCUUCACAUGGUUGAGUUCCCCAAGCUUCAGAUGAAACCUAUUUAUUGGAACCCAGUCCAAGAUAUUUCACCGGUGAUCAGAGGAACUUGGUUUUACAAAAACUCGAUGCUUCCUGUCGAGCCAGAAGUAGCAAACCAACUGGAAGCUGGUUAUACAUAUUUAAAACCAUGGACCGAGACAUGGCAGGACGAGCUAAAUAGCUGUGUGGAAAGUGGAGCUGCAGCAGAAUUGAAAAUUGCCCAUAAGCUUUGGCCCGUAGAUAAUACAAAGGCUGCAAAAAGGUCUGAGACCAGGCCUGACCCUGGAGUGGAUGGUCCUGCUUCCGGUUCCAUAAACGGAGGCCGUCUGACUUUUGAGGAAAAUUUUGCCGCUGGUGCAUCAUACGGCCGCGAAGCUGCAACAAAGUUAUACCAAAGCUCAAGUGUGAUUUAUGUCGAUUCUAGUGAAGCGCAAAUACUUCGACCAAGCUUGCUACCAUCAGUUGCAAGCAACAGACGACCACUAGGCGCUAUCCGGAAGGGUAGGCAGAUUGGUAUAUUAGUUGUACGAGGAUUUGACCGUCGCUCUUGGGACGAACUACAUCCUCCAAAACCUGUCUCGGCUAAUGUAAUGAACUUUGUCAAGAUGCAGAAAGCAGCGAUGAGAGAAGCUAACUCGCGACGCCAAAUAUGCUAUGCAUGUCAGAUGGAGGAGAGGAAACCGGAAGUUGGUGACUUGGUGCUUGUGAUCCAUGGUAUAGGCCAAAAGCUAUCAGAACGUGUUGAAAGCUUUCAUUUCACACAUUCCAUCAAUUCGUUCCGAAGGCAGGUUAAUCUUGAGCUUGGGAGCAAUUCUGUUUGGCCAAACAUGCGCCCUGAUCUUGAAAACAUCAUGGUACUUCCUGUGAAUUGGCGGUCCACACUCUCUCUGGAAGAUACAGAUGUCGGGGAAGCCAUAGAAGACCAAACAAACUCAAAUCAUUUUGGUUUAAAAGACAUUACGCCAGAAACAAUACCCUCAGUUCGCAAUCUUAUCAGUGACGUCAUCCUUGAUAUUCCGUACUAUCUUUCGCAUCACAAGCCCAAGAUGAUACGAGCAGUAAUCAGGGAGGCUAACAGGAUAUACCGACUUUGGUGCCAGAAUAACCCGGGAUUUCAAAAUAAUGGAAGGGUGCAUCUUAUCGCCCACUCUCUUGGAAGUGUCAUGGCGACGGAUAUCCUGAGUCAACAGCCGACAAAACUACCUACAAUCGAUUUUUCCAAAUGUGAAAUUAGUGAAGCUAUAUUUGAAUUCGACACCACAAACGCAUUCUUCUGUGGGAGCCCUGUCGGGUUGUUCUUACUACUUCACAAAUCAAGCAUCCUACCUCGUAAAGGUAGAAACAAGCCUGAUUGCGAUGAACAUGAUGCUUCGGACCCGUGGCUGACUGGCAGAACCGGCACCUAUGGCUGUUUAGCUGUCGACAACCUCUAUAAUAUUUUACAUGAAACAGACCCAAUUGCCUAUCGCCUUAACGCUGCUAUUGACAGUGAUCUUGCAAAUUCUUUAAAACCCGCUUCUGUUCCUACUUCUUCAACCUCAUUUUUCCAAUCAAUUGGCAGUGUUUUUCGCUGGUCCUCAAAGCCUCAGCCAACUAAGAUUGACAUUCCCUCUCACUCCGCCGCUGGCCCCUCUACUGCUAAUCACCAACUCUAUCAAUCUCAACGGCCCAAUACUAUUCAAAAAUUGCCUUCCACCAUUGAAAUGGAUACCCACGAUUUUACCAGGGAAGAAAUAGCCGAAAAACGGAUGUUCUUGGUGAAUGAUAACGGCCAGGUUGACUACUAUAUUUCUGGUGGCGGAGGUCCGUUAAAUAUCCAAUACUUGAAUAUGUUGAGUGCACAUAGCAGCUAUUGGAUAUUGCCAGACUUCGUGAGGUUUAUUGUCGUAGAGAUUGGAAGGAAGGCGGGCAGGAGUGGAACUUUACUGGCUUUGAGAGCAGAGAAAAAGAAAGGAUGGAAAAAGAAGUAA